AUGUCAGCCAGAAAGGGCUAUCUUCUCCCUUCGCCAAAAUACACCACAAUAAUGUCAUGUUCGGACAGCCCGUCAGGAAAUGCGUUUUUAGUGGAUUCUCUGAUCAGUGGCCGCACCGAGAGCGGCGGAGGUCACUACACAGGGAGCGCGGUGUGCGUGCCACAUAGCACCGCUACAGAAGUGCCUUACGGACUACACAACUAUGGGUACUUCCCAGGUAUGGGUAAGCGGAGCGAGGUGGGUCCCCAGAACAUGGUUUCCGCCUCAGGGGCGUACAUGCCCAGCAUGGAGAUGUGGAUGGACGCGCAGAGGUCAUGUCGAAUGGACCAAGAGCACCCGGUAGGUCCCCAGGUCGCGCCCUGUUCGUUCCCGCAGAACAUUAAGGAAGAGAGCAGCUACUGUCUGUAUGAGCAGCCAAAGUGCCCUAAAGCCUCCACAGCCGAAGAUCUUACAUAUUCGAGGUUAACUACAGCCGGCCUCGGGUCGAGUUCUUGUACAGUUACCGAUGGCGGCGGCGGCGGGGGCUCAGUGCCUGUGCCGGGCUACUUCCGCUUGUCUCAGACGCACGCACAUUCUCAUAAACUUUACAGCACCAACGGCCCCCAGCCGAACUCUUCCCAUUCUCAUUUUGGCCUACACCCCACUGCUCCCGCUCGCUUCCAUACGCCACCAAACUCGGCUUCUGCUCCAGCCACGGCGCAGGAAGGGAGGAACACCGAGGAGCCCGUGUCCUCGGCAAAAGCAGACGUGCAGCCCCACGCUGCACCGGGGACCGAGGACACACGAGAGUCCUCGGAUGCAGAAGCGUCCUCAGCUGACGAGGCAGAGGAGCACGAGAAAGAGAGACCAGCAAAGAGCAGUAAAGGAGACACAAAAAGUGAAAACACGGCCAACUGGCUGACAGCAAAAAGCGGCCGGAAGAAACGCUGUCCAUACACCAAGCACCAGACACUGGAGCUGGAGAAGGAGUUCCUCUUCAACAUGUACCUGACCCGAGAGCGCCGCCUAGAGAUCAGUAAAAGCGUCCACCUGACGGACAGACAGGUUAAAAUCUGGUUCCAGAACCGCAGGAUGAAACUGAAGAAAAUGACGCGGGAAAACAGGAUCCGGGAGCUCACCUCCAACUACGGAUUUUCGUGAUGAACGAGGUGAUCACACUGAAAUAGAAGAAAAUUGGUGAAAUCAAUUACACCCCCUUCACUCCUCGAGCACCACCACCACCACCACCACCACUUCCACCACUACUACCACCACCACCCUCCCUCCCUCCCUCCCCACUUUGUCCACAUGAGCCAUUUCACUGUGGGGUACAACUUUCUUUUAUUUCCAGACACGCUUAAUGUCAACGCAUCGUCCUCUGUGAGCUGCUGAGAAAAGAAAAACGUAGAAAAAAUAUGAAUGUUGGAAGUUCUCUUUGAUUGAUUCCUGAUGUUGUGUUUUUGUAUCGUCGACACGUUUCUGUCAGUUCUGUCGUAUGGUUCGAUAGUGUCGUCAGUGGAGUUAAAUCAAUGCAGUUAAACACACACACACACA